GCGCAGACACGCCACUGAUCGGGCUGGACACACAGUCACCGCCUCCCGUGCCGUCUGUCACACACUGACAGGAUCACCAGCCCGGCCCCCCGACCAGUCACGGCGCCGCCGGGGCGUGCAGGCAGUGCCGUCAGUGGCUCAGUGCAGAGUGCACAGCCGGGCGCUCAGGGCCGUCCACCGCCCGCCGUCCGCUGCAGUCCCGGUGCAGUAUCGGCCGGAGCGCCAGCCCCGGCGGGCGGACCGUGUCUCUCGCGGUGAGCGGUACUGAGCCGCACUUCUCUCAGUGGUGGAAGCGAGUAGGACCGUGUUUUGCUCAGUGUCUUGAGCGGGUCAAACCGUGGUAAGCUGCUAGCCUGUUUCGGUGACCGGAGCGGUUUGGGGCCGAGCCCGUCUCUCGGCGAAGGUAGAGGGCCAGGCCGUCCCUCCCUCAGCAGUCUAAGCGUCAUGGUCGGGCUCCGUAGGACACUGCUCGCCCUGGCGGUGACGCAGCUGGCCCUGACCGCUGCUGAGGUCCGCCAACAGAGUGACGAGACCGGUCCGGAGCUGAUCUGCUACUACGGCUCCUGGGCACGGCUCAGGGAAGGCGAUGGCCGCGUCACCAUCGACCAGCUGGACCCGUCCCUCUGCACCACCCUGGUGUUCGCCUUCGCCCGGCUGGACGACCGCCACUGGACGCUGCUGCACUCGCUGCCGGACCGGCUCCUCUUCUACCGGCAGCUGACCAGGCUGCGCCGCCGUCACCCGCAGCUCCGCGUCGAGCUGGCCGUCGGCGGCUGGAACGACUCGCACAGCGCCGACUACGCCGCGAUGGCCGCCAGCGGCGCCGGGCGCGCCGCGUUCGCCGCCAGCGCCGCCGCCGCGCUGCAGAUGUACGGCUUCGACGGCCUCCACCUGGACUGGGAGUUUCCGUCGGGACAGCGGCAGCGGCGCGACUUCACGGCGCUGCUGGCGGAGCUGCGCGCCGCCCUGCAGCCGCGCCGGUACCGGCUCAGUGUCGCCGUGCCCGCCGGGCCGUACCAGGCCCGCACUUCAUUCGAGAUGGGCGCCGUGGCGCGGCUGGCCGACCGGCUCCUGCUCAUGGCGUACGAUCUGCACGGCGGGUGGACGCCAACCGCCGCCGACCACCACGCGCCGCUGCGGCCGCGCUCCACCGACUUCAGCGGUCUGGACGCUGAGACGGCGGUGCGUCUGUGGCGCUCGGCGGGCGCCUCUGCCCGGCAGAUCGUGCUGGGAGUGCCGCUGUACGGCCGCGGCUGGGUGGUGGAGGAUGUCGGACCGCCGCCGCUGCAGGCCAGGGGAGUGGCGCCGCCCGGACCGCUCACCAGGGAGAGCGGCGUCCUCAGCUACCUGGAGAUCUGCUCCAACGUGCAGCGCCGCGGCUGGACGUCUCAACAGCUGCUGGACGAGGGUCGGCCGUUCGGCUCGGCCGCCAUGGGCGAGGGUCAGUGGUUCGGGUACGACGACGAACACAUGGUCGGUGAGAAGGCCCGACUGGCCACGGAGCUCGGACUGGGGGGCGUGUUCGUCUGGGACAUCGCCCAGGACGACAUCAGGGGAUUCUGCUCGCCGCGGCCCUUCACCCUGACCUCCAUCAUCAGGGAGACGCUGUCCAACCUGACGGAGCGAGCGGUACCGGAGGAGAGGGCUCCUUCCGUCCCGCUGGGCUCCAACAGUCUCACAGAGACGAACUGAGAGAGGCAGAGGUGCUACAGGAGAGGGCUCCCUCCGUCCCGAUGGAUUCCAACAGUCCAUCCAUUCUAACAGCCUCACAGAGACGCGCUGAGCCGGGUAGAACUCCCGCCGACCUUCACAGACAUUCUCAGCCCGCACUGGAAGCAUUAUGUAGUGUCUCGUAUGUACUCAUCGUUAUCACAAAUACAUCACGCUUAGUUAGA